UGUGUGUUGUGUGUGUGUGUUAAAUACGUUAAGAUGACCAAUUGGUAUCGCAGCUAUGCACCCGGCUGGUUGCAACGCUUCUGGCAGCCACCGCCACCCGCCCGCCCAUUUAAUCCCUUUCGGAGCACACGUCCCGAUCCAGAUCUAGAAAACGCUGGCAGCUCGGCGGUUUUGGGUGUGCAACGUGUGGCCUGCCUGGAGGACAAUCACGACGAGCACCACACGAGCCAUUUCUAUGCCGCGUCCGCCAAGCAGGCAUUGAUUGUGCGACGUGGGGAGCCUUUCCGUCUGCGCAUACACUUCAGUCGGGACUACAGUCCCAGCAAGGAUGCCAUCAGUUUCAUUUUUAGCGUGGCCGAUGAUAGCAAACCCAGUCCAGGACAUGGUACUCUCAUGGCUCUCGUGCCGCACGAUGGCAUCGAUUAUCUGGGGGAUGCUCUGGAAUGGGGUGCUGGUAUUGAAUCCCAUGAGGGUCAAACGUUGACGGUGCUCGUCAAGCCGCCAGCCACUUGUCCGGUCACCGAAUGGCGCUUGGAUAUUGAUACCAAGCUGUUGGGCGAUGGAUCCCGCAGUUAUCCUUUGCCCCUGCCCAUCUAUGUGCUGUUUAAUCCCUGGUGUCCGGAUGAUCAGGUUUACAUGGAGAACCGGGAGCAGCGCAAGGAGUAUGUCAUGCAUGAUACGACCCUUAUCUGGCGUGGUUCCUACAACCGCCUUCGUCCGUCCGUCUGGAAGAUUGGCCAAUUCGAGCGUCAUGUGCUCGAGUGCAGUCUCCGUCUCCUUGGCACCGUCGGACGCAUUCCACCAGCCUAUCGGGGUGAUCCUGUGCGUGUGGCCAGAGCUCUCUCUGCUUUGGUCAAUUCCGUGGACGAUGAUGGCGUGUUGCUCGGCAACUGGUCUGAAGAUUUCUCGGGCGGCACAGCGCCUACCAAGUGGACUGGUUCCGCAGAGAUUCUUCAGGAAUUUUACAAAACCCAAAAGUCGGUAAAGUUUGCACAGUGUUGGAAUUUUAGUGGCGUUCUCGCGACCAUAUCUCGUGCUCUGGGCAUCCCAGCUAGAAUCAUCACUUGCUACUCCUCGGCCCAUGAUACCCAAGCCUCCCUCACCGUAGAUGUCUUCAUUGAUGCCAACAAUAAGAAGCUGGAUGCGGAGACAACGGAUUCCAUUUGGAAUUAUCACGUGUGGAACGAAUUGUGGAUGCAGCGUCCGGAUUUGGGAAUUGGACAAUAUGGAGGCUAUGACGGUUGGCAGGCGGUGGAUGCCACGCCGCAGGAAGCGUCCGAUAACAUGUACCGUGUCGGUCCCGCCUCAGUCUUGGCCGUAAAGCAUGGCGAGAUUUUGCGUCCCUUCGACUGUGGAUUUGUCUACUCCGAGGUCAAUGCGGACAAACUCUAUUGGCGCUACAAUGGACCCAGUCAACCAUUGAAGCUGCUACGCAAGGACACCUUGGCCAUUGGUCAUCUGAUUAGCACCAAGGCGGUGUUGAAGUGGGAACGUGAAGACAUCACGGACACCUACAAAUAUGCGGAAAAAACCGAGGAGGAACGCAGCACCAUGUUGAAGGCAUUGAAGCAAUCCCGUCAGGCCUUUAGUCGAUACUAUCUCAAUGAUAACUUUAACGAGGUGGAGUUCAGCAUGGAGCUCAAGGAUGACAUCAAGAUCGGUGAGAACUUCACGGUUGUGCUGAAGGUCACAAACAAGAGCGAGGAGCGCAUCCAUCAGGCAACUGGUCAGCUCAAUUGUGACGCAGUCCUUUAUACGGGUGUCGGUGCCGAGGAGGUCAAGAUCAUGGGAUUCGAGCUUGAUCUGAAGCCAAAGACAACGGAAUAUGUUCGCAUGGAGGUCACGUUCUUUGAGUACUUCGAGAAACUGUCGUCACAGGCCGCCUUUCAAAUAUCCGCCGCCUGUCGUGUCAAGGACACGGACUACGAUUACUAUGCCCAGGAUGAUUUCCGAGUGCGCAAGCCCGACAUCAAGUUCCAAUUUGGAUCCGGAGGAUCGGAUGUUAAUGUUGUGGCUCAAAAGGAAAUUGAUGUAAUUGUUCGACUGGCGAAUCCACUGCCCAUUCCACUGCACAAGGGACUGUUCACCAUCGAGGGACCUGGCAUUGCACAACCCCUCAAAUUUAAGAUCGCUGAAAUACCAGUUGGAGGUACGGCUGCAGCAACCUUCAAGUAUGUACCGCCCUAUGCGGGGCGUGGCACGCUGCUGGGCAAGUUCGUUGCCAAAGAAAUUGACGAUGUGGAUGGCUAUAAGCACUACGAGAUCGAGCCACGACCCGAGGAUCUGCUGCAGCCCAAUGGUAACCACAGGAGCAGCAAUAUUAUCCGAAGGCGCACAGAUGUUAUACCCUAAAUCUAUCGAGAUCGCUAACAGUUGCAAUUUUAACUUUUGUAUAUUUAGUUUAAGCUUGAUUUUAAGUUAAACAUUUAAAUAAAAUAUUAAUUAAA